AUGAUCUCCGACAAUGGAGAUAAUACAUCACGUACAGAAUAUCAAGCAAUAGUACAAUUGGUUGUCGUUGGUCCAUUGGACUAUGUUGAUCAACAAACAUACAUUCUUGUUCUAUUUGCGUUCGAUACAAAUAAUUUAGCUACGUUCAAUGUUAUUGUUAAUGUAUUAUCCAACAAUGCUAAUGCUCCAUAUUUUCUUUUUCAACCCAAUGUAUAUCAAGUUAAAGAAAAUACACCUAUAGCAAGAUUAAAUGCCGAUCAGAUAAUCGCCGUUGAUUCGAAUCCAUCGAUACUUUCACUCAAGUAUAGUGUUGUUUCGAACGAUCAACAAAUUCUUCAAACUGUAUUUCUUAAUGAAUCGAAUAAUCAAGCAACAAUGGGUAUUGCACCACCAGGCCUCAUUCGUGAUGCACCAUUCGGUAGAUCGACAUAUAGUUUUGCUCUUGGUGUGACCGAUCAAAAUGGAACUGGUGUAUCGAGUUACGCACCUGUGACGAUUAAUGUCGCUGACAUUAACAAUAACGGACCGAUUCCAAUUGCAUCGAGCUCACCAUGGAUUAUGAAUGAAGGAGUUCAAAAUGCAAGUAUUUCAAUAGUCUUUCGAGAUUUUGAUGAUGAAUCAUUGAAUAAUACCGUUCCUUUCUCUGUUCGAGUACUCGAACCAUCAACAUUUGAAAUAUCUCCAACACUUAGUAAUAAUGAUACAUUCGUUCUUCGAUAUACUAAUGGUGCAUUUAAUCGAAUAGAAGCAAAAAAUUUAACUGUGAAAAUUAUGAGCCAAGAUGCGCAAGGUUUCUCAACGAAUACAUCAAUAUCUAUCAUUGUUGGAGAUAAGGCUGGUAAUGAUCCGAUUUCGAAUGGCUUGAAAACGAUCAAUAUUAUUUAUGCAGAAGGUUAUGAAAAUUCCUUGCAGAACGUCGAUCUCGGUUCGAUUUACGUGGUCAAUACGGAUGAUUGGUUUCUGGCUAACAAUAUCUAUUCCGUAACAAGUGUUAAUAAAAAUCAAAUAUUUCAGAUCAAUGAAGGUUUUCUUCGUACACCUUCGUCACUGUCCACUGGCACAUAUACAAUCGUGAUUCAAGUUACGAAAAAUCUCACUUCGAGUCAAUCCACAGCAAGCAGUUCGAUCAAUAUGGAAGUUACCAAAAUCGAUAUCGAAUCGAUUCGAGAAGCAGCUACUAUUCGUAUUCAAGGUGAAACGCCAGAAACUUUGGUUGAUUUAUCGUUCGGUAAUCGACUUGGUCAAUUACGUGAAGCACUCGCAUCAAUUCUGACUGUUUCAAGCGAUUCGAUUCGUCUAUUGACUAUACGAAGUGUACCACAAUAUCGACAUCCUAUCUAUCCUCCGUUGUCAUUUGAUGAAGCUAAACGAACAGCUUUAACCGAUGUGAUCUUUUCGGUUUUAUCUUCCACUCGAGAAGUAAUUGAAAACACCGUAAAUAACAAUCUACCUCAAUUGGCUUCUCGUUCUGGCCUCACAGUCAACGUCACUGGGCCAAAUCCUUGUAGAAAUUAUGUUUGUCCAUCAGGUACGAUUUGCAGUGCAAGUCGUUCAAUUCAACCAUUUCCUCUUUUGAUUGAUACAAAUUUAACUUCACAUGUCGGCAUCAAUAUCAUCGAUUCACCCGAUUGUGUAAAUAGUACAUGGAAAGUUUCUCCACAGACGCCUCUUCCAUCAGGUUGCUCAAUUUUUUCGUUCAAUGAUGCUAUAUCUUGUCCAUGUACUGAUGUUCAAUCGCUCAGACCUCUCGGAACCUAUUGUGCAGUACUCGGUCGAACAUUUCUCAACACCGGUAGUAGUUAUACUGUGUUUGAUGGAACAACAUUUUCGAAUUUAGCACCAGCACGCUUUUCCUUUGAUUUUGUUGUUCCAAAUACGCCGACAGUUGGUCUUCUACUCUUGUACGGUCGAGAAACUCCACCGAUUGACGACUAUUUUUGGUUGGCCAUCGAAUUAGUCAAUUCAAAUCGAUUAAGAUUUCACUUUCGCGAUCAGCCAUCAUUUGAUACGAAUCUAGUCAUUGAUGCAUCGAAAUGGUAUCACGUCGAAUAUCAAUAUGUUGCUGAUACUAUAUUGGUGAUGAUCAACGAUGAACAGCAUGGUAUUACGGUGAACAACACUUCAAUUAAUAAUAAUAAUCGAUCAUUAGUUCGAUUGUAUCUUGGUGGUUUACCAAGAAGAGAUUCACCGAUUGAUGCAUUGUAUCCAAAAUUAUCUUAUAUUGACUCAUUUCGUGGAUGUAUUCGAAAUGUUCGAUCAAAUGGUGUUUAUCUCGACAUGAAUCGUCCUAUACUUGCUUCGGAUAAUUCUCGAUCAGGUCUAUGUGAUUGUUCGAUUACUAAUACCUGUACCAUAGGACUUUCGAAAGACGACAGAGGAGUCAUUGUACCGUGGUAUGUAUGGCUAAUUAUUGCUUUAGUACUACUUUUGAUGGCUACUAUUGUCGCUAUAACUUAUUUGACGUGUGUUCGACGUCGCGCUUCACGAAAAUUGCAAAGACAUGCAUCUUUUGAGAAUAUUGACAGUGCUACAGAUGAUGAUAAGUAA